CGGUGUUCAGUUUGAAAUCGAUUCGCGAGCCGCUAAUCAACACAGAGCAGAAGAAGAAGAAGAAGAUGGCGGAACGAGGCUACAGUUUCUCCCUCACCACAUUUAGCCCUUCAGGUAAACUGGUCCAGAUUGAAUAUGCCCUGGCAGCGGUAGCAGCUGGAGCACCUUCAGUCGGCAUCAAAGCUUCUAAUGGAGUGGUCCUGGCGACAGAGAAGAAACAGAAGUCCAUUCUGUAUGAUGAGCAGAGCGUUCAUAAAGUGGAGCCCAUCACUAAACACAUAGGCAUGGUGUACAGCGGCAUGGGGCCGGACUACAGGGUUUUGGUCCGACGAGCUCGGAAGUUGGCACAGCAGUACUUCCUGGUUUACCAGGAGCCAAUCCCCACAGGCCAGCUCGUCCAGAGAGUGGCCUCUGUAAUGCAGGAGUACACACAGUCUGGUGGAGUGCGUCCUUUCGGGGUGUCGUUGCUGAUAGCUGGAUGGGAUGAAGACCACCCCUACUUGUUCCAGUCAGACCCCUCUGGUGCUUAUUUUGCAUGGAAAGCCACAGCCAUGGGAAAGAACUACGUAAAUGGAAAAACAUUCCUUGAAAAAAGGUAUAACAAUGAUCUGGAAUUGGAAGAUGCCAUCCACACAGCCAUCUUGACUCUGAAGGAGAGUUUCGAGGGUCAGAUGACAGAGGAGAACAUUGAGGUGGGGAUCUGCAACGAAGCCGGCUUCAAAAGACUCACCCCAGCCGAGGUGAAAGACUACCUGGCAGCGAUUGCGUGAACACCCCCUGCCUGGUGACGGGUCUCUCUGGCCACAUUUCAAGACGGAGACAUGACAGCGCAGUAGCCAACAGUUGCAUGACACAUCUUUUUAAUACACCACAGAAUCAUUCAUAAAGAGUUUGACAUUAUUGUGUUAUGUCUGUAAAGUUUCUGCCCUGAGAACAUGGAGUAUGCGCAUAACUUCACUAUAACCAGGAUUAUUAAUGUGAGCUAGCAGGAUUAGACAGACUGGUGCAUAUUUACUGAAGGUGACAGCCUUUGUGUGUGUGCAACUAACUUGGCUGCCACUCACAAAUGCACUCACUUGACUCCCAUCAGUGAUAAGUUGUCACAUAACGAAUUGGCUUUGUCAAAAACGUGUAUCCGUAUUGUGAAAUGUGGCAGUUGGCUACUGUGCGUAUGAGAAGGAAUGUGGGCUCUGAUGAGUGAAAUCUCAAGUCUUCCACUGAAUCCUUCAAUUUUCUUAUUUCUCAUUAAUGUUCCAGCAGCAAUGCAAUUUUUCUACAAAUCAAGCACUGCUUUAUGCAUUUAUUAAAAUCUGAUCACUUGUAACCAUUGCUGAGUGUGACAAAGGGCCAAAAAAUUGAAAUAACUAGUCAGGCCAGACAGAUCCUUAUGUGGGUGAUUUGUUCAUCCUGAACUUGUUUCCCCUCAAAGCUCCUGACUGCACUUCAUCAGCACUCUUCAAACACACUAGAAAGGGGGAUAAACAAAAGCAGCAAGAAGGGAGGAUCCAGUAGAAAGCUUGAGAUUUUACUUAAGGAAUCUGGUUGCCUGUACAGCAGUUUUACAAAAUGUACUUUUUUUUCAGGCUAGAAACAAUUCUAGAGUUUGUAUUUUCUCUUCUGGUAUCUGUCAGUUAUUCAAAUAAAAGACAGUGAGUUCA